GCAUGCCUUUUUAAUUUCAUUUAGAAACUCAAAGCCCCAGAUCACUGAAGGUUCAUUAUACUGCGCAUUACGAGGAUCUAUACUGUGCCACAGAGGACCUACAAGAUUAUGCCUUGGAACUUGUAGAAAUACAAGUGAAAUCUGUUAUAACAAAUCUACCGUGUAUACUCGAAAAGACGUGUUUCCUUGACUACUCCGAGGUCCUCAAUUGUGAUGCAACAAGUAGAGAGAAACGUUCCCAGGAAACUGCUGGGUUCAUACUUACGAUAUCAAGCUCGUCAAACCAAGGAAACGAAACCAUUGUGAUAAUGGAGGAUGCUGUCAAGAAGAUAAAAGGUGCUGCAGAUGCUGACCAGUUUACAGUGGACAUUCUUGAUGAUGAAUAUGAACUCGAAAGUAACAAGACAGACCUAACUGGAGAGAUAGUGUGCGCCUCCGGACACACAAGAGUGAAAUUUUAUUGUGUUCCUUGUGGCACUGGAAGUUACCUGUAUAAGGACUACUGUGUGAUGUGUCCAGUGGGAACGUAUCAGGACAGAGAAGGGCAGACAGAAUGUAACGUAUGUCCUGAUGGUACAGGGACAUUAGGUGUAGGAUCUGACCAUGUCAAAGAUUGUGCAGUUGAAAAAUCACAAUGGGACAAGACAAAAGAAGUUAAAGUGACGGGGAUAGCGAUAGGCUGUGCUGCUGCUGUAGCUGUGAUAGUAAUUGCUGCUUACGUCUACAGGAGAUAUAGAGCAAAGCAGAAGAAACUCAUCGAGCCCACUGAUAUAAACAGGGUUUCCAGUCAGCAGGUGAAACAAGGUGGAGUUCUUGGUGCAGCCAGGAAAAUAUUUCAGAAAGAGAUAGUCUCUGUUGAUACAUUAGAUGACACUAACAAUGCUUUCGCAUUGAAACGAUUAGGUACAUUCACAUUGGAUGACGGAACGAUUGUUCACAGUAAGCCUUGGAAAUACUGAAACUGGCUCUACAAGAAGCACACAAAGAUCUUGUUUCAAAACAAAGAAAUUUACUAGAAGUUUGAAACCGAUGUCAAGUAUGAAGAAACAGUUUCUGACAUUAAACAACAGACACAUACUUUCAAUAGUUUCCAUAGAAUAGCUUAGUUUUGCUAAAACUCCAUUAUCGUUCAGAGACAUGUCUAAUCGAGACAUUUUCAUAUCGAGUAUGUAUAAAAAAAAUGUAGUAAAUCUUCAUUUAUUAUUUCAAGUAAACUCUGCUUCCUAGUACAUAUACCAAAAACAGAGGCAUAAUGAAAUGUAUCAUUAAAAUGUGAUCUGUUUGCUUUCUGUUUACAACAAUGACUGGAGAUUGUAGACUUUUUCAGCCUAAAUAAAUUAUAUAAAUAAAAUUAAUAUAAUUAAAUAUAUUGUCUGUAAGAAAAGGGAAGUAACACAGUCUAUAGAGGUUGCUUUUGUUAAAAAAACAAUCAUCUUUACACCA